CGGGGGCGACGGCGGGGCUGCGGGGCCGGGGCGGCCUGGGGCGGUGACCGGGCCGGCCGGCGGCGAUGCGCCCGCCCUGGCCAUGGAGGAGCGCUGGCACCGCGGGCUGGCGGCGCUGCUGCUGCUGCUGCUCUUCGGCGGGCUGGUGCUGCAGUACGUGUGCCCGGGCAGCCAGUGCCGGCUGCGGCAGCCCCCGCCCGUCCCCGGGGCCGCCUCUCUCCGGGCGGGGGGCGGCGGGGCGGCGGCGGCGGGGGGAGACCCGUACCGGGCGGAGGACGAGAGCCCGGCGCGCUUCGUGCCGCGCCUGAACUUCUCGGCGGCCGAGCUGCUGCGCCGCGUGGACUUCCGCAUCGCGGGCGACGACCUGAUCGUCUUCCUGCACAUCCAGAAGACGGGCGGCACCACCUUCGGCCGGCACCUGGUGCGCAACAUCCAGCUGGAGCAGCCCUGCGAGUGCCGCGCCGGGCAGAAGAAGUGCACCUGCCUGCGGCCCGGCAAGCGCGAGACCUGGCUCUUCUCGCGCUUCUCCACCGGCUGGAGCUGCGGGCUGCACGCCGACUGGACCGAGCUGACCAACUGCGUGCCGGCCGUGGUGGACAGCAAGCGGGAGGCGCGGCUCCGGCCCAGCCGGAAUUACUACUACAUCACCAUCCUGAGGGACCCAGUUUCCCGCUAUCUGAGCGAAUGGAGGCAUGUCCAAAGAGGAGCCACCUGGAAGGCCUCGUUGCACGUCUGCGAUGGACGCUCACCCACGUCCGAGGAACUUCCUAGCUGCUACUCGGGGGACGACUGGUCUGGCUGUUCCCUGCAAGAGUUCAUGGACUGUCCCUACAACCUGGCCAACAAUCGCCAAGUCCGCAUGCUGGCAGACCUGAGCCUGGUGGGCUGUUACAAUCUGUCCGUCAUGCCGGAAGAACAACGGAACCAGGUCCUCCUGGACAGCGCCAAGGAGAACCUCAAGCGCAUGGCCUUCUUUGGCCUGACGGAGUUCCAGCGGAAGACCCAGUACCUCUUUGAGAAGACCUUCAACAUGAACUUCAUCUCGCCCUUCACCCAGUACAACAGCACAAGGGCUUCCAGCGUCGACAUUGAUGAGGCCACCCAGCAGCAGAUCGAGGCCCUCAAUUUUUUAGACAUGGACCUCUACGAUUAUGCAAAAGACCUUUUCCUCCAGCGGUACCAGUUCACGAGACAGAAGGAGCACCAGGAAGCCCGCCGGAAGCGGCAGGAGCAGCGGAAGAACUCGCGGGCCAAGCAGGGCCACAGUAGAGAGCAGGACGGCCGAAACGCAACCACGGAUUACAUUGGAAAUGUGGAACAGUGGCGAUAAUCAGGGCCCAGAGAGGAUGGGCAGAGUCAGGCACUUCUCUGGGAGAGGUGGGGGGAGGGGUGGAUGCGGGCAGCCUUUGGCAUUCAGUGUUGUGCUGUAGGUGGGUGGACCUUUGAAUCUCUGUGUUGUCUCGGAUCUGUCAAGAAAGAAAGGAAGAAAGUCUGGACUGUUGGGUGACCUGGCAGGCCAUCAUUCUCACUCGCCAGGGAUUGCCAAGUAGAAAUGACGAAGGCUGCACUACAAGGACUCUGGGGGGGGGGAGAAGGUGGAGGGAUUCCUGAGAUGGGGAGCCAUUUCCAGAUUUUAUAAGGUGGGCCUGAGAUUCUGGUUGUUUUUUAUAUUCCACCCAGCUCCCGGAGAGGAGAAAAAGCCCGGGCAGGGAGUAUUGGGCCAUCGGGUAGCUGCAGAUCCAUUCAUUUAUUGCUUUCAGCCUUGCGUCUUCAAUUGGAGAAGCCAACCAUUGCAUUUAAUGCUCUUCAUUGCAAAAAUGCCUUUUGGCCAUAGCCUAGGUGCUCUCUAUUUCUUCCUGCCUUGGCGGGGUCUUUGCUGAGGGGGUGGGGCUUCCCUUAAGCUCCACUCCUGACAUCCGGCCAACCCAGGUAGGAUAAGGGGCUGCCGCCUCUGGCCACUAAAAGCGUGACCAGUGGUGGCCAAAGUGAGUCCAAAGACAGGAUUGCCUGUCCAGGUCAGCAUUGCCACUCACUGCUACGUCACGUCAAGUCUCCUUCUGCCUCUAAGGUCUAUUACCCUAUUGGGGAGGGUGUCAAAAUCCUCACUUCCCCAAUGGUGGAAGUUCAAGACCUAAUUGUCACCCUUCCCCUCCCACCGAAGUGAUUUUCAAAACUCCAAAAAGAACAUUCAGAUCCUUUUUAAGGAGUUUGGCGCUGGCUGCAUCAACAUAUUUUGAAAGGCUGCAAACGGCCGCAGAAAAAACAAAGAUCAGCUGGUUUGAGGCGUAAAAGGGGAAAAGCUUGAGAGAAGAAGCUGUUGAUGAGUGUCUGGUGUAAAUUGGCUUUUAGCAAAGAGGAGAAGAUUUUGCCUAUAAAUAUUUAAUCACUUUUUAAAAAAGAAAAAUCUGACUGCUGCUGCUGCUGAUGGAUCGCAAGCUUGUUUUAUUUCGGGGUAGAAAGUGAGAGAGAAAGAUUGACAUCAUACAACGCAACCGCGGGCUUUUCUGAGGCGGCUGAGUUUUAAUGCAUUUUAAAAGUAUACGGGAACAUUUUAACAUUUUUGGAAAGAGAGAUGGCCUUCCAUGCCCUCUGUCCACUUUAAUAAUAAUUCUUGCAAUGUGUGUAUUCUUUUAGAAAGGGGGGGGGGGUGAAGCUUUUAUCCUGGAAAAAUUCUCCUUUUUUUUUUUUAAUUAUUAUGGUAGAUGCUGUUUCCCAAUAGAAGCAGCGUUCAUCAGAGGGGGCAACUCCAACAUUUGUUUUGCUUUUCGGACACUUUUUAUGACCCAGCAUGACAUUUGAGCAUUUGCGGGGAUGGCUUCCAGUUAUCAUCAAAUUUGGGGGGGGGGGAUGAGAUAUCGCUUGUACUUGGAAGCAGCUCAACAAGGCAGAGCUUUGCAGUUACGAACCUGGCUUGCCAGGAGGAGGAGGACACCGAUAGAGAGGGGCUGUUUUCCUCAAGAUGCACUUACAAGGAGAACUGUGGUCUUGAGAAAAUGUCCUCUGCUUGUUCUGAUUUAGAUUGCAAAAUCUGGGGAGGGAAGGAAAGGAAAGGGGACAGUUGGGUCUUCUUGCUGCCAGGGCAGGGUCCUGCGUGAGGCAUAUUACAGGGUCUUGUAACUUGUGGACUUCAACUCCCAGAAUUGCUCAGCCAGCCAUGCUAGCUGAGGAAGUCUGAGAGAUGAAGUCCACCAACUGUAAAGUUGCCAAGGUAGGAGACCCCUGUGCUGUGGGAAUCAUUUGCCAAGUAAGGUAGUUGGCUAUAUCUUGGUUGUAUGGAGACACAAUCCUGCAUUUGUGCACCCAACAUCCAAUGAGUAUGGGGUGCAAGAAACUGCACGCCACGUACAUCUGUCAACAAGGGAGAGACAGACACCUGUGUGUGGUGUCCAAUGGCACACAGCACUUUUUUGAGUGAAGGAAUCCAGUUUUUCUGGUUACGUCAGUACAGUGAUGGCUGUCUUGAUGUAAAGGUAGGAAGACGGAACUCCUGGAAAACCAACUAAGCUGAUAAACCCAGGAAGGUGUCAGCAGAGCCUUUGGGUACAUAGAGGCAAAGCUGUUCUUAAAUAUCAUAAAAGAUUCUAAAGUGUCCAGCUGUGUCAUUUCCAGUGGUCUAAAAGGAGUGGUCAUCUUGAAUAAUGGUCGUGGUCCCUUUCUGAGAAAUGGCCUUUCCUGUCUGUUGUGUGUCAUGUCUGCUUGGUAUUUGCAACAACGGAAACCAGCACACAAUUCCCAAGGCAGGAAUCCUAAAUCUACACCAGGGGCGUCCAACCUAGGCAACCAUGAGACUUUUGGACUUCAACUACCAGGAUUCCCCAGCCAGCAUGGAUGGCUGGGGAAUUCUGGGAGUCGAAGUUCACAGGUCUUAAAGUUGCCAAGGUUGGACAUGCUUAGCCUUCAGCAUUGGCUCUCCAUUGGCAGGUGGGGGUCUAGAAUAUGGGCAGUAGCUGCAGGGUUCCAGAUGUUUUGGAAGGGGUCUGGCAUCAAUUGAGGCCUUCUGUUCCUUGGUCCCUUCAAGAGAAGCUCCUGUUUGGUGGUUUCCCUCCCCCCCCCC